GCGACUACUGCGAAGGAGAAUUUAUCAGUCGUGUUAUUGGCUUCUCGGACUUUUGGCGGUUAAAUUGAUCGGAAUCAGGAUCGAAAGUUUCAACGAUCAAGGACUAAUUGCGUGGCGUUGAUUGCUUAGGGUGCAUCAGUUCGUCGUCACCCAAGAAGCCACAAUGGACAAUAUUGGGGUGGCCAUCAGGGUUCGCCCAAUGAUCCAGAGAGAGCUGCUUAGAGAUUCAGAAGAACACUGGAAAGUUAAUGGAAACACACUUUGUCAAGUUGAGCAUGGAGUUCCUGUCCCAUCAAGCAUCAUAAACCCAACUGCUUUUAUCUUUGAUAAGGUAUACUCUGGAAACGAUACCACUGAAAGCUUAUAUGAUGAAUUUGCAAAACCUCUUGUUUUAAAGGCAAUGGAAGGCUUUAAUGGAACUAUAUUUGCAUAUGGGCAAACUGGAACUGGAAAAACAUAUACAAUGAUGGGGCUUCCUGAAAAUCCUGGAGUAAUACCAAGAGGCAUCAAUGAUGUAUUUGAUUUGGUCGAAAUGGCCCCAGACAGAGAAUUUCUGAUUCGUGUUUCAUACAUGGAGAUUUACAAUGAAGUUAUAACUGAUCUACUGAAUGCAGGCAGCACUCACUUAAAAGUUAGAAACAAUGAAAAAAAUGAGGUUUUUGUUGAAAAUCUCUCCGAAGUUCCAAUAACAUCACCAGAAGAUGCUCUGACAUGUUUACGAAAUGGGGAACGCCUAAGGAGGUUUGGUGAGACUAACAUGAAUGAGCGCAGCAGCCGAUCUCAUACAAUAUUUCGUAUAACCAUUGAAAGUAAGUUGUUGUCAGCAAACCCAGAAGACAACACACAAGAAGGUGGAGCGGUUAUUGUAUCUCAACUCAAUCUCGUUGAUCUUGCUGGAUCUGAACGAGCUGCUCAAACCGGUGCUCAAGGCACUCGAUUGAAGGAAAGUGGAUUCAUUAAUAAAAGUUUGCUUACACUUGGAACAGUAAUUUCAAAGCUAUCUUCGGCUGGAGAGGAGGGUUUUGUGCCAUACCGUGAUUCGAAACUCACCAGGAUCCUGCAAAACUCCCUUGGUGGCAACGCCAAAACCUCUGUUAUUGCCACGGUGUCUGCAGCAGCAGGAGAGGAGACUUUCUCUACCCUUAAGUUUGCCAGUAGAGCUAAGACGAUCAAAAACAAGCCGAAAGUUAACGAGGUUCUCGAUGGAGAUACCAUGAUCAAGAGAUAUCGCAAGGAGAUUAACAUGCUCAAGAGGCAAAUUGACGAGAUACAAGAUUUAACCAACCUAAAAACACUGAAAACAGAGAACGAAAAGAUGGAACAACUUCUGGAAGAAAAUGAAAGAAUGAGGAGAGAACAGCAGUCAAAGAUUAACAGCCUUCAGAAAAUGAUUAUUUCUUCCACCGAGGAAACAAUUAACAAGAGAAAGAAAUUGCUGAAAGGCGCAAGACGAGAGACAUGGUGUCCGGGCAAACUCAAACGCAGUCUUGCCAGAGCGUCUAUUGAUCAACCGUCGCUUCUUUCGAGUAUAAGCAGUGAAGAUGAAAUUGAAGAUGAAGGGAUGACCUUCGUAGACAACACAACAGAUUUUAUUCUUGAACUUGAAAAAGAAGAGAGAAAAUCUUUGGAGCAAAUGAAAAGGAAGAGCUCAAGAGAAACUGGAGGCGCAGCGAACAUUAAGCACAGAAGGUCUUAUCAAGCCGGGACACACCUGACCUUAAAGGUGAACCAAGCUUGCCAAACGGAGCAAACGGCUGAAGAAGAUAGCAAAGAAAUUCUACAAACGAAUGUUGAUGAGGAAGCACUGACGGAAAAGCUUAAAAAAUUAACAGCGGAGAAAGAAGAGCAAUGUGAGUUUAUCACACAACUCAAACUUCGUUUGGACGCGUACGAGGCCAGUAAACAAUCUGAUAUUAGCGUCACAGAAAACAAAAAUGAAGACUCAGAGAACUUACCAAAGUCGAUUAUUGGCAUUCGAAGAAAAUGUGAAGAUGCUAAUGUUGAAGUACAGCCUUUGAGAAAAAUGCAACUACUUGAAGAAAAUGAUGCUGUCCAAACAUUUCUAAUGCCAAAAAUGGAACAGGCGGCUCAAACUUCGCCAAGCAAAACUGAGUUGAAAGAGGAAUUGAGUCUGGCCAACUUCAUCAUUCUUGAGAAGGACUGUCAAGCAGAGGAGCUCCAAGUGCAACUACGUCAGGCACAAGAUAAACUAAAGGAAAAAGAAUGUGCUAUAAAGGAACUGGAAGAUCAGAUUUCCAGUCUAGAUUAUAAUGACGAUGCAAAAUGCAGUGCAGAGGAGAAGAUUACGUUACUUGCUGCCGAAGUAGAGAACCUUGCCGCAGAGAACCAAGAGCUUCGCAUGUCGAAGGAAGAAGCAGAAAAGAGUCUUGCUGAAGCAAAGGAAGAAAUGAUCAAACUUGGCUCCAUGUUCCAGGAAGAGAGGGACGGCUUUGUCCACACUGAGAGCAAACUCCAGCGACUCAAAGUACAAAAUGACGAUCUAAUGUGGAAAGUGAAAGAGCUAGAGGAGACAAAAGAAUCAGAAAGCAAAGGUGAAAGAGAUUCUCCAAAUGAAAAGCUUGCUGAAGAACUCAAAAGCCUAAAACAACAAGUUGAAGAGCUCCAAGGAACAAAAGCUGAGCUUCUGUCAAGCAUCGAAGAACUUGAGAUGGAAAAGUCGUCCAAAAAUACAACAACAGUGGAUUCAUUUUCGAAACACGAGGAGAGCAUGCUCAAUGACACAUCAAAAUUAAACGAUUUGGAGACAGUGUUUAUGGAACGAGCUGCAGCUGUCGAAGAACUUAACUAUAAGAUUGAAGAAUUGCAACUUGAGAACGAAGCUUUGAAAGACAAGACCAAAAAGCAAGAAUCCCAUCUUGAGCUGUUAUCGAAAGAAAACGUAGAAUUUCAAGCUGAAAUACAACACCUUAAUGAAAAAAGAGAGAAUAAAGAUGUCAGCAGUGGUGAUCAUACUUUGAAUAAAGACGAUCAAACUGAAGAGCUGGUCCUGAAAAUUGUCGAAUUGGAAGAAGCAAUAGAAAAACUGCAAGCUAAAGCUGGCUUUGCUGACAGUUAUGAUGAAGAAAAGACAAAAUUUAUGCAGCAGAUAGCUGAGCAGGAUAAGAUCAUCAACGAAUUGACACUAAACCGUGCAUCCGAAAGCCAAGGAAAGGAAAUUGAAGAUAUGAAAGUUAAAAUUAGUGAGCUGGAAAAAAGAAAUGCAGAACUUCAGAUUAUCAACGACAAUGCAAAAGAUGUGGCUUCCUUCGAAGAAAUCAAUCAAGGUCUUCGGGAAAUUACUUCUAAUUUGGCCCAAACUUUAGAUGGAGAAGAGGAGAGCGAGGGUAGAAUAACUAGAAAUGAAUAUGAAGUUUUGAAAACAAAAGUCCUUGAAUUAGAGGAGAUUAACGAGAAACUUCGAUCUGAUGCCCAAGGUCUAGUCUCAAGUGAAGCAUUUGAGAAAUUAAAGCUGCAAAUUGAUGAACUUGAAGUAUUAAACGAAGAUCUUCGACGUGAGUUAGACGUUAAAGCAGAAUUACUGGCCACUGUCGGAGAUGAAGAUGAAAAGGCAGCUAUGCUAGAGGAAACAGAAAAGCUGAAGUUAGAGGUGGUAAAGCUGGAGGAAAUGAAUGCCAAGCUUCAAAGCGAGAUACAAGAGACUAAUCAAGCGAUUGUUAUUGAAGAAGGUGAGAGGGACAUUGUGUUAAAAGAAGAGGUAGAUAAAUUAAAGUUGGAGAUAGAACAACUAGAAAAGGCGAACGAGGAGCUGCGAAAUGAUAUUCGAGAAAAGGAUGCAUCGAGAUCACUUGGAGAGGGUGAUAAUGAAAUCGCAGUGCUGCACGAAGAAAUUGAUGUUUUGAUGUCGGAGAUUAACAAGUUAGAGGGCUUGAACGCAGAACUGCGAGCUAAAAUAGAACAUCAAAGUGAAAGUGCUGAGAUCGGAAAGGAUAUUCCAAAGCAGCAGGAGCUUGAAGAUUUGAGACUGAAAAUUGCAGAAUUAGAGAGGACGAAUGGAGAGCUUCGAGAGGAAACAGAAAGGCAGGCAACUGGAAUAGCUUUUGAAGAUAUCAGAGCUAAGACAGAAGAAUCAGAUGAUUUAAGGCGCAGAAUUGCUGAAUUAGAGCAAUUAAACAAAGAACUUGCAGAUGGAAUUAAAAUUAAGAUUGAAAUGCCCGAUGCAUUGGAGAUAGAAAUUGAGAAAGAUUUGAUGAGGGGAGAAAUAAAAAGUUUACAAUCAAAGGUGGCUGAUUUAGAGGUGGAGAACGGUGAACUUCAGAAUCGUCUUUCUGAUUCAACUCCUGUUUUAAUCUCAAAUGAGGUUAACAAAGAGACAGCUCUUCUAAAUACUGAGCUGGAAGAGGUGAAAUAUAAAGUAUCUGAAUUGGAGAAAGUUAAUGAAGAUUUAGAACGAAAGUUAUUAGAUAAUAAUGUUGCUUUUAAAGAAAAGGAAAUUGCUAUCGAGGAGGUAUCAUUGCUGAAAGCCGAGUUAAAGGAGCUGAAAAGUCAUGCCAGCGCUGCAAAUCACAAUGAAUCAACCGAAGAGCAUUUUGAGCAUAUGACUCUGAGGAUAAUGGAACUAGAAGAGAGCAACGAAGAGCUGCUCGCAAAACUUUCGAAAACUGAGUCGCUUGAAAAGGAAAAGAACGAAUUGCUGGAGAUGCUAUCCGCAUUAAAAGUGCCAUCUUCAAGCAUUCCACUUACUAUUGCCAAAGCUGAAUCGGAUGAAAACGAAGACAUCCAAACAGGCAAUGAGGAAACAGUUACAGAAGCCACCAAAGAGGAAGACCUUAAGAGAAAUAUUGAAUCUUUGGAAGCUGAGAAAGAGAGUCUUAAACAGCGUCUUUGUGAAUUGGAAAACAUCAAUAUCGAACUUGAUGAGAAUAAGAAGUGCUUGGAGAAAGAAAUAGUGGACUUAACCCAACGGUUGUCUGGAUUGUCCUCCGACUUAGAAACCGCUGAAGAACGGAAUACUGCAUUGAUGGAGAAAAUGAAUCAGUUCAACCAGCCCGACAACAGUGGAAACGCCAAACAAAUCCACGAAGAAAAUUGCGAGCUAAAAAAUGUAGUGUUGGAAAUGAAGCAAAGCAACACGGAUUUAGAGGACAAAGUGGUUACAUUGGAAGGAAAAUGCUCCAUAAUGUCACAGCAGCUGGCUUUGUUGUCAAGUGAUUUGCAGUCAGCAGAAGAUGAGAAUGUGACGUUACUUGAGAAGAUAAAUGGUUUGGAGCAAAGCAACGGGAUCAAAGAUGAAAAUGGUGAAUUUCAUGUUAAAGAGCUUCAAGCAGAGAUUGAAAGUCUUCGCUUAAAAUUGAGUGAAAGUGAAGAAAAACUGUCACGUUUAGAACCAAUCAUUUCAGACACCUCGACAGCAACCAAAGACGUUGAGAUCGAUAAUGAAAAAUUGAAAGUUGUGAUAACAGAUCUUCAUCAAAUGAAAUCAGAAUUAGAAAGCAAAGUUUCAGAAUUAGAAGGAAAAUGCUCGGAAAUGUCACAACAGUUGUCUCUUUUGUCAAAUGAUUUGCAAUCUGCAGAAGAUGAAAAUGUGAAUCUACAUGAAAAGAUAAACCAUUUGGAAAAGAACGUCCAAAUGAAGGAAAGCAAUUCAGAAAAGGAGGAAAAUGUAUCUAAAAUGGAAGAAAAGUGUUCCAAAAUGGCCCAGCAGUUAUCCCUGUUGUCAAAUGAUUUGCAAGCAGCAGAAGAUGAGAAUGUUACCCUACUCGAGAAGAUUGACCAGCUACAAAAACAAAAUGAAGAAAAUGAUGAAGCAAAGGAGCAGUUGUUGAGAGCCUUGCAAACUGAAUUCGAAACAGUCAAAUCGGAGUUGAGCCAAAAUGAAGAGCUGGUUGCUAGCCUAAAUGCUGAAAUAUCAAGCCUAAAAGACCUGAAUGAAGCUUUAGAAAGUCAGUUGUUUACUACCAAUGAGGAACACAGUGAACUGGUUGAAAGAGCGAAGGUGCUCGAGAAUGUAAAAAUGGAAGGCGAUGAAGAGCAAUCAAGGCUUAGACAGGAAAUUGAAGCAUUUGAUAAUAUUAUUCAGCAAUUGAAAACAGAGAGUAUGACAAAGGAUGAAAAUUUAGUGAAGCUAGAACAAUUGUGCGAAGAAUCCAGUGAAAAGAUGGGCAAAAUGGAAGCCGAUCUACAAAUACUAACUGAAAAAGAGCAACAGAGUCUAUUGGAGAUUUCAGAAUUGAAGAGGCGACGUUUGGAGACUGAAGAAUCUAAUGCAGAACAGGAAGGCAGACAAACAGAAUUGAGUAAGGAAAUCUGUGAGCUAAGGGAAAGCUUAGAGCGACUGGCUGCAGAAAACACUGAGAAAGAUAGCCAAAUAGCACGGCUAGAAAAACUUGUCAAAGAUGGGGAAGAAGAAUUGAGAAAAGAGAUGUUUGAAAUGGCCGACGUUGUCAAAUCGGCCUCUGAAAAAGAAAAAGCUGCUGUUGAGAGUCUCGCAACUUUUAAGAAAUUGUUUGCCGAAACAGAGGAAUUGGUUGCUGCUGGUGAAAGCAGACAGGCUGAGCUACUAGACGAAGUAGUAAAUUUGAAUGCCAGCUUACAAGAGCUCAAGGAAGAGAAUUCAAGAAAAUAUGCCGAGAUCAACAAACUUCAAAAAUUACUUGAAUCUACAAAUGCAGGAUCCCAGGAAGAAACAGACAACCUGAGGGAAGCGCUCAGAACUGUGACCGAGAAAGAGCAGGAGACUUCGAAAAAGCUUUCACAUUUAGAAAUCGAAUUAAAUGAAGAAAUUGAAAACAUAAGGGAAUGUUUGGAAAAAGCUAACGAAGAAAGCAUCUUUAAAGACAACGAAAUAAGGAAACUAAAGGAAAUGAACAGCAAGGCAAACGAGAAGGCAAGUCUCCGGUUAACUGAAUUAUCAGAAGAGCUGAAAACUAUGACUCAAAGAGAGCAGGAUGCUGUCGAGAGGCUUGCCAAAUUAAAGAAACAAUAUGCAGAAAGUGAAGACUCAAGUGCAAAAAAUGAAAGCAUGCAAGCUGAGUUGAGCGAAGAGAUUGCUAGUUUAAAGGUUCAAUUACAAACUCUUUCGAAUGAAAAUGAGAAAAAGAACGACGAAAUCAAAAACCUAGAAAAAAUGGUUGAUGAUUCCGAUGAAGAAUUAUACAAAAUGGGUAUAGCACUCAAGACAUCUGCUGAAAAGGAAGAAUCUAACUUAGAGGAGCUUUCAAAAUUGAAGCAGCUACUUGUAGGAAAAAAUGAAUCAGAUGGCAGAGACGAAAAUAGAAAUACGGAAAUGCAACAAGAAAUAGCAGGUCUUAAAGACGAUUUGGCGAAGCUCCGGCAACAAAUAAUUAAAAAAGAUGAGGAAAUAAAGGAACUGGAGAAAAUGGUUGAUGAUUCUGAUGAAGAAAUGUACAAAAUGGGAAAAGCGAUAAAGAGUUCUAUGGAAAAAGAGGAGGCCUUCAAAGAGGAGAUUUCAAAAUUGAAAAAUGCUUCUGCAGAAUAUGAAGCUGUUGCCUCUCUUAAAGAAGAACUAGCAGAAAUCAAGAAGAAAAAAUUUGAGAAUUUUAUUCAUGUAGGUUCGAUGGAGAAAGAGAACGAAAGACUUAAAGAAAAGCUGGUUGAAAGCGAAAAAGCAAUGAUAAGCUAUCAAGAGUAUCAGGAAGAGAGAGUUGCCGGUUUAAAACAAGAACUGAAAAGGUUAAUGGAGGUGAACAGUAAACCUUCUGUACCGAAAGAAAACAAGCAGGCGCGCAGCGUUGUCGAGUCAACAGCAUUGUUUGCACUUAAAUCAGAAAAGGCAACACUUGAACGGGACAACACCAAAAUGAAAGCAGAACUUGACGAACUAAGCAGGAAGAAUAAUUCUCUUGCAUUGGAAAAAUUCAAUCUCGAGUUCAAAUUCAACGAUCUGAAGUCUGAAUGUUACCAUUUAAAACGUGGUUUACGACCAGCAUCCACGAACGCUGAAACACAAACGAUAAAAGAGUCAAGUCCAUCAUUAUCAGUUACUGCCACUGGGAAAGAAAAUGUCAGUCAAAAAGCAUUUUUCGAUCCAGACAAUUUACCAUUUAGAAAAGAGGAAAAAGACGAACCGCAGCAAUGCACCCAGCAGUAGUUCUGAUAAUUAUCGAUUAGCUAAAUAUUAUUGAUAUUUAUCUUAAAACAUCUUAGUCUGGUGUUGUAAAAUAUUUUUUAACAUACGGAAAUCGUUUCUUGGUUUUUAAGUAUGCAUGCAAUUCCAAGUGUGAACUUGAUGUGUGACUGACUGCUUAAAUUCCUUAUAGUUCUAGCGAAACCAAUGGUUUGGGUAGAAGAAGCAGUUUUCUUCACAUUCUUAAUAUGUACUGUAAUGGUCUUGAUAAUUUAAUAACUGUGGAUAGUUUUUGAUCACGUCUUUUAUUUGGUUCAAAGAAUAGUUGGAUCUGAGCUUUAUACUGCAUGCCUGUGUAAUAUUCCCAUUUAACAAAGCAAUGGUGAUGUAGGAUAUUGAACGAUUUGAAGAGGUGUUUAAAUUUACCUUAAUAUUUCGUUCCUGGAAGUCUUUUGGCCAUUAUUACAGAUGUCAGAACCUGUGCCCAAAGAUUAUUGGUAGUGUUAUUGAGUUAUUGGCAGUGUUGUCAAA